GCCUCCCCUGGAGGCGAGAGGACUUGGUCACAGGUUAACAAGUUUCACAGAGGAGGAGGAAGGAAGUUGUUGAGUGUGGCAGCCGAAGCAGGCGACAACUGCAGCAGCAGGUCUGAAACCAGCCUUCUCCAGACUCCCCACUGGGGCUUGCCAUGCAGGGUCAUCAGCACCAAGAGGAGGGAGAGGUGAAGGAAGAGCCUAGCCCUGAAAGCGCCUUUGAGAAGAGCCCCUUCCAGCUGACAGCAGAGGAUGUCUAUGACAUUUCCUACCUGGUGGGCAGGGAGAUCCUGAAAAUAAGCAGCGAGCCCCAGGGGGAGGUGCCCACCAGAGUCGCCCAGUUGCAGUUCAAGAUAGUGAGGAUUCUGGAAAUGCUGGAAGCUUUGGUGAAUGAGAGUAACCUGACAGUGGAGGAGCUGAAGAUGGAGAGAGACAAUCUCAGAAAGGAGGUGGAGGGACUCAGAAAGGAGGGUCCCCCAGGGAAUGCAGAGCAGCUGAGCCUUGGACCAGACAAAAUGAUAAUAGAUCUCACAGAUCCAAAUCGUCCACGGUUCACGUUGCAGGAGUUGAGAGAUGUGCUGCAGGAACGUAACCAGCUGAAAGCACAACUUCUUAUUACACAAGAGGAGCUACAGUGCUAUAAGAGUGGCAUCAUUUCACAGAGGGAGGACCAGGCUGGGCCAAUGGAAAAGGAAUCCACUGUCUGCAGUCCUUCUGGCUCAAGUAAAUCUAACGAAGAGAAAACAAUCAUAAAGCGUCUGUUCUCUUUUAAAUACGGAAAACGAAUAUGACUGAGAAUUUAGCCACUUCUGCUCCAAAAGUUGCAGCAUAUAAAGCCCUUGAGAAGAAGCAUUUGAAGGAAAAGAAUCAGUUUCACUGUAGAGAAGAGGCCACAUCUCAAGAACAACAUGUAUUUGUAUAAUACUUUCAGAUUUUGCUUUUUUAAAUAACAUUUCUGACAAUGUUUGUAUUAAGGAAUAAGUGUUGUUUUCUCCUCUUGUAAAGGAUGGCAGACUUCCUCUAGACAUAUCCAGGCGGAUGGGGUACGGAAUAAACCUUUUUUAUAUAGCGA